ACCACACUCUCUAGUGUCAGUCUGCAAUAGCAGUUUCCCUGGUGGGCCUGUGCCCCUGGCUUGGUUGUCCUCUGCAGCAAAACCUUUCCCUCAACCACAGGACUGCAAAAAGUCUUAAGUGCCUUUGACCACUGAAGACCCACAUAAUUGGCUGACCUGCUAGGCCCUCUUUCAGAUUUUGGUUCUUCUGCACUUGCUGCUGUGGGGAGUUAUGCGAUGUGGACAGCAACUGUACCAUCUGCUCCCCUCCAUGUGAACCCAGGAGGAAGACAUGGACUCUACUAGGUCUGAACCCCUUCAUGGGGCACCAGAGGCUGAAGAUGGAAACAUUGAAUAUAAACUGAAGCUGGUGAAUCCAUCCCAGUACCGUUUUGAGCACUUGGUGACACAAAUGAAGUGGCGGCUCCAAGAGGGACGUGGUGAGGCUGUCUACCAGAUUGGGGUAGAGGACAAUGGGCUGCUGGUGGGAUUGGCUGAGGAGGAGAUGCGGGCCUCCCUCAAGACCCUGCACCGAAUGGCAGAGAAGGUUGGAGCAGACAUCACUGUUCUCCGGGAGCGAGAAGUAGAUUAUGAUAGUGAUGUGCCCCGAAAGAUUACUGAGGUGCUGGUACGAAAGGUCCCUGACAACCAACAGUUCCUAGACCUCCGUGUGGCUGUCUUGGGGAAUGUGGACUCGGGAAAGUCAACCCUGCUUGGGGUCCUCACCCAAGGAGAGCUGGACAAUGGGCGGGGCCGGGCCCGGCUCAACCUUUUCCGCCACCUGCAUGAGAUUCAGUCUGGCCGAACCUCCAGCAUCAGCUUCGAGAUCCUGGGCUUUAACAGCAAGGGAGAGGUGGUGAAUUACAGUGACUCACGGACAGCAGAAGAGAUCUGUGAGAGCAGCUCUAAGAUGAUCACCUUCAUCGACCUGGCGGGCCACCACAAGUACCUGCAUACCACCAUCUUUGGCCUCACCUCCUAUUGCCCUGACUGCGCCCUGCUCCUCGUCAGUGCCAACACUGGGAUCGCUGGUACCACAAGGGAACAUCUGGGGCUGGCCCUAGCCCUGAAAGUGCCCUUCUUCAUCGUGGUCAGUAAAGUGGACCUGUGUGCCAAGACCACAGUGGAGAGGACAGUACGCCAGCUGGAGCGGGUCCUCAAGCAGCCUGGCUGCCACAAGGUCCCCAUGCUGGUCACUUCUGAGGAUGAUGCUGUCACUGCUGCCCAGCAGUUUGCCCAGUCACCCAACAUCACCCCUAUCUUCACACUGUCCAGUGUGUCAGGGGAGAGUCUGGACCUCCUCAAAGUCUUCCUGAAUAUCCUGCCACCACUCACCAACAGCAAAGAGCAGGAAGAACUCAUGCAGCAGUUGACGGAAUUCCAGGUGGAUGAAAUCUACACAGUACCAGAGGUGGGGACUGUUGUUGGAGGGACACUUUCCAGUGGAAUUUGCCGUGAGGGGGACCAGCUGGUGGUAGGCCCCACGGAUGAUGGCUGCUUCCUGGAGCUGAGAGUAUGCAGCAUCCAGCGCAAUCGCUCUGCCUGUCGUGUGCUGCGAGCUGGUCAGGCUGCUACACUGGCCCUUGGGGACUUUGACCGUGCACUGCUUCGCAAGGGCAUGGUGAUGGUGAGCCCCGAGAUGAAUCCCACCAUCUGCUCAGUGUUCGAGGCAGAGAUAGUCCUGCUGUUCCAUGCCACCACCUUCCGGCGAGGAUUCCAGGUGACAGUACAUGUGGGCAACGUACGUCAGACGGCAGUGGUGGAAAAGAUUCAUGCGAAGGACAAGCUGCGGACAGGGGAGAAGGCAGUGGUACGUUUCCGCUUCCUGAAACACCCAGAGUAUCUGAAGGUGGGCGCCAAACUGCUGUUCCGGGAGGGUGUCACAAAGGGCAUCGGCCAUGUCACUGAUGUGCAAGCCAUUACAGCAGGAGAAGCCCAGGCCAACAUGGGCUUCUGAGUCCUCCAAGCAGGACAGCUCUGUUGCUGUCCCUACAAUAUAAUAUGGUGACUUCCGGCCAUGCUGCCCACUGCUGGCAGCUGUGUGUGUUAUAAGGCUAGGGAGAAGGGUGCUCUCUGCCACUUGCUUCCUGCCAACUUUCUGGACAGGUGUCAGAUUUAGUGUGGCCAGGCAGGGGCAGUCCUGAGGAAGAAUUCAAACCAGUGCUCAGCAGCUGUAUGCCCCUCUGGCUGGCUCAUCAACCCUGGCAACCCUGUGGCCUACCUGCUGGAGGGAGCCGACUACAGCCACCUUGGCGCACUAUGAGGACUGGACAGUUCACCAGUGUGAUCCCUGCACUUGAGGAACUGUCACAAAAUGGGGUGGCCCUGGAAAGCACUCCUUUUUCUAUACCUCUUCUCAAGCCCGUCUCUACCUGAUUGGACAAAAGAUGUUGCUCCUGGCCAUCUGUUACCCCAGGGUCUGAAGAAAUGGCACGGGGACAGUGAACCACAGUGCUCCCACUAUGUGCUGAGACCUCAGGCCUGUUCCUCAGCUUUAUCUCCCUUCCUCACUCAAGGGCCAUUUCCCCAGCUCCUUUCAUGGGCCCCACAGGUGCUAUUUGUUGUGCUGGCCCAGGCGUGGGGCUGUCAAGCUGAGGCUUGACAUACCAAAGGCCAGGUGCAUGUCAGUCAGUGUCAUCCUUUCUUCUGCAGUCCUCUCUUGGCUUUCAUGCUGGAUCAAAUAGUGUGUUUUGCUUUGUUAGGCUGGUGGCUGGGACCUGGCCCUCGGUUCUGCUCCCACAUAAAACUUUUAGUAAUUUGUAGUGACCGCCCCCUUCCUUCUGUGGCAGGGAACCAGGAGGUGAAGGAAAGAUGUUGCCAUAUUUCCUACUCUUUAGGCAUGGACGCCUUCCUUUCCUUUCGUUAGUGUCCUGGGUUCCCGUGGACUCAGGGAUUUGUUGCUUGAGGUUUCUCUGCAUAUACAUAUAUAUAUAUGUACAUGUAUAUAUAUUUAAAUACACAUAUAUUGUACAGAAUAAAAAUGUUUUAUUGAACACACUGUG